AUGAACAACCCUCCGUACCAGCCGUACGGCGGCCCGCCGCAGCAGAAUAUGCAGCAGCAACAGCCGCCGCAAUCGCAGCCUCCGCAUGCCGGUGCUUUUCGGCCCUUCAACCCUGCACAGGUGAAUGCUCCGCUCUCAGGCAGUGGAGGCCCCGCCUUCGCACGCAGCGCCACCAGUGGCCCGCCUUCCACCGGCAGUAUCAACGCGCCGCCUCAGCAUCAGCAGAUUAAUGCUGGUCCGCGCGGCUUUGCGCCACCGAACCGCAGCUUCUCGUCGGGUCCAGCUAGCCAGCCUACGGCCCCACCUCCGCAGCAGUUCGGCAGUCACCCGGCACCUAUGAGCGGCGGCCCCAGCUACGGCCCGCCUCGAGGAGGUCUACCUAAUGCCCAACAGCCACAGAUGAUGCGUGGCCCGCCGCCCGCAGGCGCAGCACCUCCCAUGGGCCAAGGAAUGCGCGGUCCACCUCCUCCAGGAGCUGGAGCCAUGAGCCAGGGACCCCCUAACGCCCAGAAUGGACUUACGCAGCAAUUCGCUAACAUGGGACUCAAUAACGGACCACCCGGUGCGACCACCGGGCCGCCGAGAGGGCCCCCAAUGGGAGGAGCUCCACCCCCACCUAUGGGCGGAAGUAUGGCACCUCCUGGUGCUCCGGCCGCUAUGAACCAACAGCCACCGCAGCAGCCAAUGAUGAACCAGCAACAGCAACCGAAGGCCUACAACAACAACCUCCCGAGCGGCAACUUCCAGCAGCCAGACAUGAUGAACGAUGGAUAUGGCGGCCAACCGGGUUUCCAGAACCAGCAGGCGCAGCAGGCUUCGCCCUUGACGGAGGAGAUGAUGGCGUCCCAGUGUGACUCGAGAUACAUGCGACUGACGGUGAACGCACUGCCGCACUCCCUCGACCACGCCAACAAGUCGAAGCUUACGUAUGGGCUGAUUAUUCGUCCGUUGGCUCCUUCGGAGGAGGGAGAAGAACUCGAUGUGGUGAACUUCGGCCCUACUGGUGUCGUGCGUUGCCGCCACUGCCGUACAUACAUGAACCCGUUCGUGCAGUGGGUGGAUAAUGGCCGUCGCUGGCGAUGCAACCUCUGUGGUGUAUCCAACGACGUUGCUAGCUCGUAUUUCUGCCACUUGGGUGCCAACCAGCAGCGUCAGGACCGCGACGAACGCCCGGAGCUCAACUCUGGCAGUGUGGAGAUUGUCGCACCUUCGGAGUACAUGAUGCGCCCUCCCCAGCCGCCGUGCUACGUGUUUGUCAUUGAUGUAUCGGCCACUGCUGUGGCUUCAGGCUCAGUCCAGAUCGCGGUGGAUACUAUCAGGGAACAGCUCGACAACCUUCUUGGUGCCCCUCGCACGCGUGUGGGUUUCCUCACAUACGACAGCUCGAUCCACUUUUACAACCUCAAGUCUACGUUGAAGGCCCCGCAGAUGAUGGUGGUUGCUGAUUUGGAUGAACUCUUUAUUCCCAUUCCGGACGAACUGCUUGUGAACUUGAGCGACUCGCGCGAGAUCGUCGAAAUGCUGCUUGAAACGUUGCCCACUAUUCACCAGAAUGCGCGCUCUGCUGAAACUGCGCUCGGACCUGCUAUCCGCGUCGCUUUCAAGCUCAUGUCAUCUAUCGGUGGUAAGAUGCUGGUUUUCCAGAAUUCGCUCCCUUCGACUGGAAACGGAGCGCUCCGCAACCGCGACAACCCUCGACUAUACGGAACGGACAAGGAACACACUUUACUACAGGCAGUGGACACAUUCUACCGUACCAACGCCAUUGAUUUCUGCCGUCAACAAGUCAGCGUCGACAUGUUCCUGUUUUCUUCGAUGUACACUGAUAUCGCCUCAUUGGGUUCGCUGUCGAAAUACUCGGCAGGUCAAGUGUACUAUUACCCAGCGUUCAAUGCUGAGCGAGAUGGAGAGAAAUUUAGCAAGGAGUUGGCACACUGUCUCGUUCGUGAGACUGCAUGGGAGGCGGUCAUGCGUGUGCGCUGCACGAAGGGAAUGCGUCUUGCGAACUUCUACGGCAACUUCUUCUUACGCGGCCCGGACCUAUUGGCGCUACCGACGUGCAACGCAGACUCGACUUUCGCAGUGGAGAUUACGCACAGCGACGCUCUGUUGACGUCCUCGACGAUUUCCGUGCAGGCUGGACUGCUGUACACGAACUCAGGGGGCGAGCGACGUAUCCGCGUGCACACUAUUUGCAUCCCUGUUACCAAGCUGUUCGCGGAGCUCUUCCGCCAGGUCGACCAGGACGCUCUGUGCAACAUUAUGGCCAAGAAUGCGCUGGAAGUUGCUCUCAAGACGGGACUGGACAGUGGCCGCUCGCGUUUGCAGACUCAGUGCGCGGAUAUUGUUCGCGCCUACCGCAACUCUGGCGCGUACGGAGCGAAGCAAGCGUCUGGAUAUCAGUUGCACUUGCCAGAGUCACUGCAACUUCUUCCUCUGUAUAUCAUGUCUCUAUUGAAAAACUCGACUCUACGUGGAGGCACUGACUUGAAUGUGGACGAGCGUACAUUCCUGCAGUAUGAGCUGAACAACAUGCCUGUCGAGCUGUCACGAGUGUUUAUCUACCCUCGGAUGUUCGCUCUACACAACAUGCCACCAGAGGCUGGUCUGCCAGAAGAAGACCAAGCAGAGGGUGCAGACGGUGGCAGCGUCAACUCCAUCGUGUUGCCGCCAGUGAUUAACCUGUCCAUUGAGCGGCUCCAAUGCGACGGAGUGUUCCUUCUGGACGACACGUUGAGUCUGUACCUGUGGGUGGGUCGUUCAGCUCCUCCUGAGCUUUUGGAGAGUCUCUUCGGUGUUCCUUCCAUGGAGGGCGUGGACUGCAGCCAGUUAAAACUUUUGGCCCCGCACGACGACACAAGCAACCGCGUAGACUCCAUCCUGUCAGCGAUCCGCGCAGAAAGAUUGCCACACCAGAACGUGGUGAUCAUGCGGGAGGGCGACCCGGCCGAGGGCCGUUUCUUCUGGAAGCUUGUAGAAGACCGGGCCAGCUUCCCCGGGGGUUCGUACUCGUACUCAGAGUACCUGGGCCAGAUCAGCCGCAUGAGUCUCUCGGGCGGCAGCGGUGGAAGAUAGAUUGCAACACAGAUGAAGAAAAAACUCGUCGCGAAUCGGACGGGCAGUGGUAACGAAGACGAAUGCGAAUGGAUGAGUACCCUUUUAGAUACACACAGUUCGUUCUUCGAAGCUAGAACUGGUACUCCAUGCGUGUUUAAUGUUGAGAUCGCGUGGAUACCAGGCCGUGAGCAGCUUAUCCCAGUGGAGACGUAUGGUCUUGCCAUGUGAUGUUAUGCUUGCUGCGGCUUCAUGUGUCCAGCGUAUUUGCCCUGAGAC